AUAUUAGUCUUGUAACGAAGACGAUCACCGAGUUAAUCGCGGCGACGACAGAUCACACAGCAAAGAGCGACCUUUCUUGGGAUCCACUUCUUCGUCUCCAGUCGGAAUCGUUGUCUAUUGAUCGACUGCAUUUACACUGCGAGCUCUCGAGUUCCCCCCCAUCUUUUGUCGUCAUUCGUGGCCCCACAUCAUCCUCGUCUUCCUAACCUUUCCCUAUAAAUUUCAAGCCACGCCUUUCCUGCAAUGAUCCAUAAGCCCCCCACUUUGGCGUCAAACAUGGCCAGACUUUUAUUCGUUCUGUCAUCCCUUGUCGUCUCUGUUUCAGGGGCACUCGCCGCAACAUUUACACUAACGAACAACUGCGACUACACCGUAUGGCCCGGUGUGCUCUCGAGUGCCGGCACGGCGGCGCUGUCCACGACGGGCUUCCAGCUGCAGAAGGGCGAGUCACGCAGCCUGGACGCGCCCGCCGCUUGGUCGGGCCGCUUCUGGGGCCGCACCCGCUGCGCCACUGACUCCAGCGGCAGGUUCAGCUGCGGCACCGGCGACUGCGGUUCCGGCAGGGUGGAGUGCUCCGGCGGCGGUGCGGCGCCCCCGGCCACCCUGGCGGAGUUCACGCUCGACGGCAGCGGCGGUAUGGACUUCUAUGACGUGAGCCUAGUGGACGGCUACAACCUGCCGAUGCUGGUGGUGCCGCAGGGCGGCUCGGGUGGCAGCUGCAGCUCGACGGGGUGUCUGGUGGACCUCAACGGGCUGUGCCCCUCGGACCUCAAAGUGGUGCUGUCGACCUCGGACGGCGGGAGCGAGAGCGUGGCGUGCAAGAGCGCGUGCGAGGCGUUCGGAUCGCCCCAGUACUGCUGCAGCGGCGACUUCGGGAACCCCAACACCUGCAAGCCGUCGUCCUACUCCCAGUUCUUCAAGAACGCCUGCCCCAGGGCCUAUAGUUACGCCUACGACGACGCCACAUCCACUUUUACGUGCGCCUCCGCCAACUAUCUCAUCUCCUUCUGCCCCAGCACCACAAGCCAGAAAUCUUCGGGCUCGAAUCCAGAAGAAGCAGACAUUUCGUCGAGCAGCAACAGCACCAUGGUGUACAUCGGCGGGGAGCAGGGGAGCGACGCCACGCUCACCGUGCCACGCCUGGCGGCCCUUUUUCUUCCCAUCCUCCUCGCUCCUCUCGCAUUACAUCAUGGCUUUUAGCGCGGCCGCGCGGAGGCCACGCCGCAGCGGCACCGUGGCGAGAGGGAAGCCAUUCUUCGGGACCACCCCAUCUUCCAUCCGUCUUCAUUAGGCAGAUCACAGCGGAUGCUGCCGGGGAUCUGACUAAGAACGAAAAGAGCUGCUACGCGUGGAGACUCCAGCUGAGCUGACAAGCAUCUAACUGAUGUGUCUUCUCACCAACCUGAUUCACACCUUAGGGUCAUACUCGUUGGAUUGUGUAGGCCUGUAGUGCAUAGGGUUCUUUGGAUACGUCUUGGUGGUCGAGUAUAUUCUUUUAUUUGCUAUCUAUAGCGUUUGCACUCGGAGUUCACAUUGAUUAUACCAUCCCUGGAGUUCAUGUUGCUCUUCCAGAUGUCA